AUGAAAAAAAAAUCAGCUAAACAUUCUUUAUUAGAAAGAAAUAUUCUACAUGGUCAUCAAUUAAGAGAUUUAUUUUUAUUCGGUAAAACUGAAGUAAUGCUAUUUCGUUCAUAUGCUAUAUCAAGUUAUUUUAAUGAAGUACUAUUAAAUCAAACAAAACGUCAAUUUCGUUUAAUGCUUAAAUAUGCAGCGUAUAUUACAUUUGUAUUAUUUUUAGAAACAACUGUACGUAUCCCAGAUUCAACAAUUCAUGAUAUCAAAUAUUCAUUUAUAUUAAUUAUCCCAAUUAUUUGUGCCUAUUUAUCUACAUUGUUUCCAUUGAAACAUAAUACUUAUGUAUUUAUGUCAUCAAUUUUAUGUAUAUGCUUUCCAAUUAUUAUUUUAUGGUCUAGACGUAUGGCAUUUCGAUCAGAUCAUGGUUUAUUGACACCAAUUAUUAUCUUAAUUAUAUGUAUGUUUAUUUUUUCACCAUUAAAUUUAUCAAUAUGUAUUUGUUCAUCAGCAAUUAUAGUAGCAAUUUAUACUGUAUUAAAAAUUAUUCAUACCUCUGUUAUUGAUGAUAGCGAUUCUAAGCAUAAACAUGAACAUCAAAGAAUAGAAAUACCCUAUUUUGAUAUAUAUAAACGUUUAAGUUCAUCUAAGUCACUUGCUCAAGUUGAAGCUGGUGUUAUACAAUCAGCAAAUCAAUAUGAUUCACGUAUAUUUAAACCAAAUCGUUUAAUUGAACAAAUUAUCACAGUGACAUUAUUAUUAUUACCAAUAUGUAUUGUUGGUGUCUAUUUACGUUUUGCUAAUAUAUUAAAACAAAGAUUUGCAUUUUUAAAAUUAGGUAAAAGUGUUGAAGCACGUAAUCAGUGUAAAUCAGCUUUAAAGCAUCAAGUUCAUUGGAUUGAAGCUAUUAUGCCAUCAUGUAUACGUGAAGAAUAUCAACAAUUUCGUCAACGUAAAUUAUAUCCAAAUAAAGAUAUGUGGGUAUUUAAUAAAACUUAUCAAAAUGUUAGUAUAUUAUUUGCUGAUAUUGUUGGUUUUACAAAUAUGAGUUCAAAUAAAACAGCUUUACAAGUUGUUACUAUGCUUAACAAUUUAUUUAAUCGUUUUGAUGAUUUAUGUUCAUUAACAAAAUGUGAAAAAAUUGGUACACUAGGUGAUUGUUAUUAUUGUGUCUGUGGUUGUCCUAUCCCACAAUUUGAUCAUGCAAAAUGUUGUAUUGAAAUGGGAUUAGGAAUGUGUCGUAUUAUUAAAGUUUUUAAUUAUGAUUAUAAUGAAUCUGUAAGUAUGCGUGUUGGUAUUCACACUGGACGAGUAAAUGCUGCUAUCAUUGGUAUAAAACGUUUUCGUUUUGAUGUCUAUUCAUACGAUGUUAUCAUUGCUAGUGAACUGGAAAGUACUGGUCGAGCUGGUCGUGUACAUGUAUCACAGACAACCUUUGAUUUAACUAAAAAUUUAUAUAAUUUUUCAAAAGGUGAACCAUUAAUUAUUAAAAAAGAAGAAAAACGUGGUAUUGCUGGUAUGGAGUUGAUUAAAACAACACUGGACACCUAUUAUGUUGAUCCACGUUCAUCAUUAUUACGUGAAAAACAUGAAAAAUUUGGUAACACAUUAAUUGAUAAUUUAUUUUAUACAUCAAAACCAAUACAACGUAAGCGUUUAGUAAAGAAAACAUCAAAUGACACAUCAUUAACACAUAGAAAAGUAUCUUCAAAAGCAUCACCAUCAUCACCGCAACCCCCACCGACGCCAACAUCAAUAAAUCGAAUAGAAUCUUCUUCAUGUAUGGCUUCAACAGCGAUCACUUCAUCUUCUACAUUAUUUGAAUCUUAUCAUGAUAAUGCUGGUCAUUUAUCGUCUUCGUCAUCUGAAUUCUCCUCUUCAUCCAAAUCGUCAUCCGCUUCAUCCUCAUCACCAUCAGCAUCCUCCUCCUCCUUCUCCACCAACUCGUCAUCCUCAUCAAUAUUCUCUCCAUCAAUAUCCCCGAAAACCUCCUCUUUAUUAGCUUAUCGUCAUUCAAGAGAAUCAAUGUCAAAAAGUUCUUUAAAAACAAUUGCCACAUAUUUAUCACAAAAUCCUGAUAUCUAUCAAGAUAUCUUUCCAUCAAAAUGGUCUAAUAUACAAUGGAAGUGUCUAGGUCAGACCGUUGGAAGACAUUAUGAGUCGGUGAUUAAAAUAUUUACUCGUGAUAUUAAUUUAGUGUAUAAUUUGAAAACUGAUAGUGAAAAACAAUAUGAAUUAUUUCGUUUACCACCAUUACAACCAUUAUUAUUAAAAUUUUAUGAUCAUGAAACAGAAUGGCAUUAUAAUUCAUGCCUAUCUGAGUAUAUAAGUUCAAUAUAUAUUGAUUCACCAAAAGUUUCUGCUAUCGGUGAUGUAUUCAUCAAUAUGAUAUUAAUGUUAUUUUUAAUUGCUAAUUGUUUUAUAUGUUAUCAACAAAUAAAAUUAACUUGGCGAACAUUAACCAUCUAUAUUGCUUGUUUAUUAAUUUAUUUAUUUCUUUGUGCAUGUUUAUUAUUCACAGCAACCACAUAUAAUGUUUUCAUUAAAUCAAGUCUAUUAAAACGUUAUUAUAAUCUCUUAGUGAAUACAUAUAUCCGUGAAUUAUGCAUUGGAAUUAUAUCUGUUAUGCCAACUAUCCUGUUAUGCAUAUUCUUGUAUACAGUUAAUGAUAUCAAUGCACUAAUAGAUCGUAGAUCUUAUAUAUCAGCGCUUAGUUUUCAUUGUAUCCUAUUUCAUGCAAUACAUAUAUCUUCGAUAACAAUAUUUCGUAUUCUUUGUAUUUUAUUCACACUAAUAUUAUUAAUUAUAACAACAACAUUUAUUUAUGCUAGUCAAUCAGAUAUUGAUAUUUGUUCAAAUACAACACGUUUUAUCCAUGAUAUCGCUUAUGAUACAUAUCGAUUUAUUUAUUUAAUUGAAUUAUUUGCUUGUACAUUUUUAGUGAUUGAAGUGACACGACAAAAUGAAAUUAAUAAUCGUUUAUGCUUUUAUGUAUCACGUGAAUCAGAAAUUGUCUCCGAUGAAGCAGAGUUAGCUGUCAAUGAAGCUAAAGAAUUAUUAUAUAAUAUUAUACCAAAAUAUGUUUUAAAAGAAAUACAAUUACAUCGUCGAUUUAAUCGACGAAUAAAUUAUCCAAAAACAACAACAACAACAACAAGGAUAAAAAGAAGGAGAGGAAGUAUUUUAUCAUCGAGUGAAUCACUUGACUCUGAUGCUGCUGGAACUGGCUUUGGCACUCGCGUUGGCGUUGGCACUUCACCUUCACCGAUGACAUCAAUUCAUUAUGCUGUCACCAUAACAAAUGCUGCUGUCUCCUUUGCAACUAUAUCAAAUUUUUUUUCAAAAUAUUAUCGUGAAGAUUAUAAAGAUGGUGUAAAUGCAUUGAAAUUAUUAAAUAAUAUAAUUUGUCGUUUUGAUGAAUUAUUAAACAGUGAUGAAAUGCGAUGUGUGGAAAAAAUUAAAACAAUUAACGACUGUUAUAUGAUUGCGUCAGGAUUAAAUAAAGAAGAAAUUAAAAGUUCUAGUUCCAGUUCUUCUUCAUCUGAUAAACAUUUAAUCACUUUAUUGAAUUAUUGUCAUUUAAUGAUUGAUGAAUUAGAUAAAUUUAAUGAUAGUUAUAUUAUAGGUGGUGAUAAUUUCUCUAUUAAAAUUGGUUAUAAUAUUGGAACACUGACAGCUGGUAUCAUUGGAACAAGUAAACCAAUGUAUGAUAUCUGGGGCGAUACAGUGAAUGUAGCAAGUCGUAUGUAUUCAACUGGAGUUGCAGGUGCAAUACAAGUCCCAGAAAAUGUUACUAUCCGUUUAAAGGGAUCCUUUAAUUUUACAUAUCGUGAUGUGGUUUUUGUUAAAGGUAAAGGGUUGAUGAAAACAUUUUUAUGUAAACGAUUGAAUGAAUUAGAGAACAUAGAAAAUGGGGGGAGGAAAAAUAAAUAA